GUUCAGUCGUUAAAUUAUAAUGUAAAUACUGAAUAUUUAAUCAUGUUAUUUAAAAUAGUUAUUUUUCUUUGUAUGUGUAAGUUUAGUGCACAGAAUGAUCAAGUUUUGCUUAAUUUACCGGAAGGCCACCAAUGUUUUUGGAACGGGAUGCUUGGAAAGUGUACCCCAAUAAUAGCCUGCAAAUCAGCCAAAGAUGCUAUAAAGAGAAAGAUUCACCCUCCCAUAUGCAGUUUUGAAGGAGUAAACCCUAUAGUUUGCUGUAUAGAAUGUGAGCAGACGCACAGUAAUCAGGUCUCAGACUAUGAUAUAGAUUCAAGAUUUAACCAAUCAAGGAGCAAGGCGAGAAAUUAUUGCUUAAAAUACUUGGCAAAAUUAAGCUAUCCAUGCCGUUUUGUUCCAAGAUAUCUGCCUGAAGAGAAGGUGGAUCCUGAGAGGAACUGCUACCAGGAGGAACCGACUCUAGAAGAUGAUGGCACCACCAAGUUUAUUGAAGAUUAUAUUUCUACCACUGAAAGCAGUGGUUUGUUACAUCUGGACCGUUACCACUAUCAACCUUUACCCCCAAUAAGUUUCGGGUUCGAUGCUCAACGCAGCCAGUUUCCUCAUAUGGCUCUGCUGGGGUAUGGUGAGGACAUGAAGACGGCGCAGUGGCUGUGUGGAGGCUCCGUCAUCAGUGAGCGAUACAUCCUCACUGCUGCACACUGCAUAUCCAGUCCUACUGCAGGUCCCGUGAGAUACAUAGCUGUGGGAAUGUUGAGGCGUUCAGACCCUCCGGCCUUCUGGAGGAGGCACCACGUGACGAGUAUAGUUCCUCACCCGGAGUAUGUUCCUCCUCAUAAGUACCACGACAUCGCACUACUGGAAACUGACACUGAUAUUCAGUUCGACGGUUCCGUCCUGCCCGCCUGUCUGCACUCGGAGCCGAACCCUGCUGCACUAGGUUCGGGGCGCGGCACUGGCCGGCCGGGGCUGGCCACCCUGGUCAACCUUAUGCUCGCCGGCAAGGUGGACGAGGCCGUCAUCGACGUCUUGUAUGGAGCGAACCUCUGCGCCCUACGCAAGAGGGAUGGUGGCAUUCGUCCAAUUGCCGUAAAACUAGAGAGAUACGAUGAAGAAACCUGCUCCCAACUGUAUCCCAAGCACAGGCAUUUGGUUUACGGUUACAAUCACACCACACAAAUGUGCUAUGGAGAUUACGAGAAGCCGAAAGAUACAUGCGAGGGUGACAGCGGGGGUCCUCUCCAAAUAGCAAACGACAUGUUGAACUGCGCGUACGACAUCAUCGGCGUGACGUCAUACGGGCGUCAGUGUGGCGUCACCGCGGGCUCCGGGAUCUACACCCGGGUGUACCACUACUUACCCUGGAUUGAGAGCAUCGUCUGGCCUUGAAGAACUUUUUAGAUGUCAGUGAUAUUAAGCGUGGAGCACCUACUUAGACAGUUUUUAAACCAAACUGACUGUCAGCCACCGCGGAUUGAUACGCGCGGCAGAUUCCGUUUGUGCGAAAGCUGUUUAAAUAUAAUAUUAACCGUGAUUUAACAGAACCCAGUAUUUGAUUUAUAAGUAACAAUUAAGGUAUCUACGUUUUAAAAGCUAGCUGCUGCAUAAAAUCUAAUACUAAUCUAGCUUCUGGUUUGUAUGUAUUUGUAUGAAACCGUUUUUGAUCGAAGAGCACGUGCAGUCGCUCUCAGAUAUCGACCGAUUUCAUGCAGUCGCUGCAAGUGCGGUCGACAGUUGCGGCAGAUAGCAUAGGUACAAAACGCACCUUUACACUUUACACUAUUACUGUUACAGCCUUUGUACCGUCCCACUGCUGGGCUGCGGCCUCCUCUCACACGGAGAAGGAUUGAGCGUUAAUCACCACCCUUGAUCAGCGCGGGUUGCUGAUUUCAGACUACUAGCAUAUGAAAAAUAACAUAAACUUAAACUCUUACAAUAAGAAAAGGA